AACCAAAUGCAUUUUCUAACAGGGGACGUUGUUUGUUCGAGGGGCCCUCCCCUCUGAACUUAGCGGACAUUUCGACCAAACUGAACCUUACUGCAGAACUGCUAGGAACAGUUUAACCCCUACUACGUGUAAAAUAUUUCCCAAAGGAGUAACGUAGUUACAAUCAUACCUGGUAGAGAUACAGACCUGGACUUUUUGCCAUUUCUGGAGCGCGUUAGCUAGCUUAGCUUUGCCAACCGUUGCCGCCAGUCAGCGCUGUUUAGCUGGUCGUUAGAGUUGAGAGCAUGUCAGUCAACUCUUACGUUUUAUUUCAUACGUCCCUUUACAUCCCUCCAAAAUGAUUUGAGGACGGUGUAACCUAGCUAACGUUGUUUUAGGCAACAACAAAAAGUCGUUAGCUAGCACAUCUGGUUCCCUGUUUUCAAAAUAAGAGGCCAACUCAGUAAGCUCAUCAAAGUCUCAUUGCUGACAUGAGGAGAAUGAAGAGCAUGGAAUUGCCUGGUAAUGAUCUUCCAGUCCAGUAUCUACGCCUCCUGGCCCCGCCCUUGCAGCUUUUGUCAGCUGCAGUGUGGCAAGUAGUGCAGCAGGGACUUGUGGACCACUAUGGGAUGCUGGAGGAGUUUGUUACCAUGGUGACGGAGCUGGUCCCAGAGCUGAUGAGCUAUAGUCAGAGGGCUCAGCUCAUCCUGGGACUCAGGGCCAGGCUGGUUCUGGAGAUGUGUCGAGGUGAGCACCCAGUGGACAUGCAGACCAUUCAGCCGCAUCUGGACAGAAUUAAAGCUCCUGUUAGCACUGCCAAGGAUCCCCAUGUAACCAUCGACCAGGUGGAGGAAUCUGAGGUGAACUUUGUGGAGUUGGUGCAUUCAUUACUAGAGGAUCCCUCUGAAAGAAAAUAUUUUUUCCAGGAAAUAUUCCCCCUAUAUUUUGGCUCCAAGUAUGACGCAGCACUUGAGAUGCUGGUGUGGGAGUUCAUAUCAAGACUGGAGCAGCUGCUGCCGGUUCCAGACUUCACACAGUUGGCAACUUUGCUCGGAGACGCUCCGUCAUUCCUAGACGACUGUUUACAAUCCUUCUUCCCGCCAGAGGACAUGAAGGCUGUACUUGAACAUCACAGAAACCUCGGCCAUUUUGAAGAGAAAGAUCCUAGAUUAUUACCGAUGGAUGACUGCAUUCUCUCCUCCCUGUCUCUGCCUCCUGGGACCAAACCUGUCAUGAACACCGCCUCUUGUUCACCUGCUCUCAAAGACUCAAACCCUCCAGAGCACGAAGGACGUCUUGAUGCUCCCUUCAACACUAGCGGCCUCGAGAGGGCGAGCAGGAGGAGCUCUGAGACACUGAAUCAAAGACUGAAGGAGACAGGAGACUCGGGCAGUUGGCAGCUUAGAAGCGGCAACAUUUCUCAGGAGAGGAAAGUGCAAAACUCAAUUACUACACGGCCAUGUGAUGAAACCAUAGACCUCACUACACCUAAUGAAACUGUGGACAGAGAGUCAGCAGCUAACGAGAUGGGAGCGCGGGUUCUCAGGAAAAGGAAACUGAGCGGAGGUGUGGACAUUCCUACAAAACAGCCUGCGGAGGCGCCAGCUUUCUUGGAUUCGUCAGUGGAUGAUGAGAAUUCAGGUGAAUCUCCUCUAAUCUCGAUAUGGGGAGAAUAUACAGACUCUCCGGAAGGUUCUGUCCCAGUUGUAAUGGACACAAAAGUUCCCUGGUCAGACGAGGAGACACUCAAUCUGCUCGACAUCUGGGGGAAUGACUCGGUGCAGCGGGCUUUAAAGGGCUGCUUAAAAAACCGUCACAUAUUCACGCAGAUCGCACAAAAGAUGGCAGAGAGAGGCUACAUGAGAACAGUGGAACAGUGCCAGACCAGGAUCAAACGACUGAAGAAAUGCUUCCGCCACAACAAAGGGAACUCCAGGCUGGAGUAUAAAUUUUAUGAGCCGCUGGAGCGAAUACUCUGCUCCUCAGCUCCUUCAGCUGUUCCUGAGGUCACCUAUGAUGUUGAAGAGGUCAUCGAUGAAGAGGAGUCCCACGACGGCGAUGACGACAUGCAGUUUCUCGGCCAUACGAGCGGACUGGAAAUUGGAACUCGAAGCGUUCCAUGGACAGACUUGGAGACAUUGACCCUCAUCGACAUGUGGGGAGAAGACAAGACGCAGCAGGAGCUGAGAGGAACGCACAGAAUGGGACACGUUUUCUCCAACAUAUCCAACAAGAUGGCCGCCCAGGGCUUCUCCCGAACCCCAGAGCAGUGCCAAACAAGGCUGAAAAGAGUGAAAUCAAGUUUCAGGCAGUGCUACCAAAACAACAUGAAGGGACAGGAGCGAGUUGAGUGCAAGUUUUACAAUGAGCUGGGAAGAAUUUUGGUGAAGGACUUCUCUUCGAUGCAGCAGUUGGAUGAAAUACCAGGAGAGGCUGAAGACAACGACUUUCCUUCCUUCUCCCAUCAGGAUAUCGAUUCUGCUGUGGGUGCUCAGGAUGACAGGAAGAAGGUUCCCUGGUCGGACAAAGAGACCAUCAUCCUUCUGGAGAUCUGGGGAGACCCACGGGCUCAGCAGAGCAUGAGACGUUACCCACACAAUGGUCACAUUUUCAACGAAAUAUCAGAGAAACUCAGCGCCAACGGCUACUCCCGCACCGCAGAGCAGUGCCACACCAGGAUCAAACGCCUGAAAGCCAACUACCGGCAGUGUCAGGAAAAUAUGAGCUCAUCUGGGACUGAUAGAGUCGACUUUAAAUUCUAUGAUCUGCUGGAACAAAUCCUCGACAAGCAGCCAUCAACAUCUUCCACUGUGGUAACGGACUCCAUCGAAAUAUCAGAAGACUCCAACGUUGAAUCAGUGACUGAAACAGAUGGAGAACUCAGCAUGUCAACAGAAAAACCAGCACCUAGCUCGUGGUCAGACGAGGAGACCCUGGCGCUUAUCCAGAUCUGGGGCGACGAAGACGUUCAGAGGGCGCUGAGAGGUUUUGUCCACAACGGACACGUUUAUGCCGACAUUUCUGAGAGAAUGGAAGACCUCGGCUACACAAAAACCUCGGAGCAGUGCCGCUGGAAAGUCAAGUCGCUAAGGAACAACUUUCGACAGUGCUACGACAAGAAGAAAUGUGGAAGAAGAGUAGAUUAUAAAUUCUACCAGCAGCUGGAACAAAUACUUGGACAGGAGGCAAUUUCUAUUGAUGAGUUCGAUGAAAGAGACGAUCAAGUAGAACAGGAUCCAGCAGGUGCAGAAACUGUGAACACAGCAUGGACGGAGCAGGAGACGGUCACUCUUGUUGAACUGUGGGCUGCAGAUGACGUGCAGCACAGCCUGAAAACCUGUGUCCGCAACGGGCACAUAUUCGCCGACAUUGCAGAGAAAAUGAGUGCCAUGGGAUACCCGAGGACAACGGAGCAGUGCCACUCCCGGAUCAAGCGGUUGAAGAAGACUUACAGGCGUUACCUCAACACCCGGAGAAAUGGAGGGCGGCCCGCGGUGUUUCGAUACUUUCACCUCCUGGCUCCAGUUCUCGGUGAUGACUCUGUGCAUGCUGAGGUGCACAGUAUUGCUGCAGACGUCCCCUUGCAACCCCUAAUGGACAAGGAUCCUGACAUUUACGAGCAGCCCUCAGCCGGACACCUCCUGGCCGACCUGAGCAGAAAGAUGCCCUGGUCGGACCAGGAGACUCGCACCCUGCUGGAGAUCUGGGGUGAAGACAACGUCCAGCUCACUUUGAGAGGCUGCCUGAAGAACCGUCACGUGUUUGUGUACAUCUCCGACAAGAUGAGCGACCGAGGAUUCAUAAGGACCUCAGAGCAGUGCUACUCCCGCAUGAAGCGCCUCAAACACGGCUUCCUCCAUGAAAAGGAGGAAUUUAAAUUUUUCAGCGAGAUGGAUGAAAUCUUCAGGAAGGAGCUGAAAGUGGACAGCUCAGACGCAGACACGUCUGUCGCAGAUGAGCUGGAUGACUUCCCACUAGUGCCUGGCCAGAAGAAAGGUACCCAGUGGGUGGCUGACAGCUCUAAGCUGCCCUGGAGCGAUGGCGAGACCGAGGCCCUCCUGGACAUAUGGGGGAGCGAGGAGAUCCAGGAGAACUUGAAGGGCUGCACCAAGAACAAACACAUCUUCAUCCAGAUUUCUGAGGUCAUGGCCAGCCAGGGCUACAUGCGCACUCCUGAGCAGUGUCAGACCAGGAUAAAGAGGCUGAGGGUCAAUUUCCGACACUUCCUAGAAGGCAGAAAAGGAGACAAACAAGAAUGCAAGUUCUUUGAUCAGUUGGUACACAUAUUUGGUAGCAAGUAUGUAAUAAACUCCGACCCCCUGGCCGACGAAUCAGCUGAUGGCGUAGAGACCUGAAACUGUCCAUCAUUGUGAAACCAAGAGGACAGACUGACAGAGGAAUAUCCAGAAGAGAAAACAAAGACAUUCAUGCAGAAACUGUUUUAGUAAUGGCUGUGUGUUUCCAGAUGACAGAAGAGAGCCUGUUCAGGCUCACUCAGAUCUCCGUUUGCCUCUGUAUAUACUUCAAAUACUUUUACAUUCUUCAUACAUACAGACCUGCAGGCUGUAGUGGUGUUUGUGUGUGUGUGUGUGUGUGUGUGUGUGUGUGUGUGUGUGUGAGUCAGUGUGAGUCAGUGUGAGUGUUUUUCAUGUUCUUAUAUCCCGGUGGGGACUUUAACCUGAAUGCACACUAACCCAUGGAGACAAAAAUUGAGGUCUCCACAGGUAGAGACAGCUUUUCUAUGGUUAAAACAUUGUUUUAGGGUUCAGGUUACAGUUCAGGUGCUAGGGAAUGCAUUAUGUCCCCACAGGAAUAGUGGAACAUACAAGUGUGUUUAUGUGUUUGUGUGUCUGUGUGUGUUGUGUCCCUCUACCAGAGUGUCUUUGUGAUUAUUUCCAAUAGAGCCAUGACACUACUAAAACCAGGAAGCUCAGGAACCAACGAACAAAAAUGGAUCUCUGAUCUUGACCUGGUGGGAGUUACACAAAAUCUUCCUCGAGAAGAUGUUUUUGCUAGUAUUUAAUUAUUUUGUACUUGGACUAAAAGUGAGUGAUUCAAAGCACAAGCAAAAACAUGCAAGGCCUCUAUUACUGUAACCACAGCGUACACGUGCUUUUUGUUCGUAAUUCAGGUCUCACUUGUUAACUCUUCAGUCUUUGCACUUGUUUAUAAUGUUUGAAAUCUAGGUGGUGAUGGUCUUAUUUUUUACAUGGUAUGAGUUGAUGUUGUCCAGAAUUUUAUUUAUUUAAGUUAUUUUUAAUGGAUGUAUUCCAAAGUUUUACAAUUUUCUUUAAAAGUAAUACCCUACAAACUUGAUUGAAGCACAUUUUUCCCCAAAAACAUGUAGAGGUUCAAUUAAAAGAAACUUGGAAUGUU